AUGAGGAUACUCGGCACCCUUGUGCGCCUCGCGCCGCUCCUCGCCGCCGCGGCGACGGCACAGUUCACGGCGGUAACGACGACGGACGUCGCUCCCAGUGCGCCCACUGCGCCGAGCGCUCCCGGUGGGGGCGGCGCGCAAGCCCCCCUCCCGGCGCCGAGCUAUCCCGCGCUCUUCAAUGCCCCGACGCACACGGCUGGCUGGUCGCUCAACUACACUGGCAACAACAAGGCGGGGUGGAAGAAGCAGGACGUGUCGGUCGACCUGAUCCUGACUACGGCGACACCCAACCCGUCGCUGCUGUCCGCGCCUGUCCGGAUCGUCAAGGACAUCCCGAAGGGCGUGGCGCAAGUCAACGUCGUCGACGCGGCGCUCGGCGGCGCGGCCUAUGGGUCAGGCUACGUCCUCCAGCUCGUCGAGGCGGGCAAGAGCAACGUCCUGGCGCAGAGCGACUCGUUCACCAUCCAGGACGGCGGCGGCCCGCCAGACAACGGAUACCCGACGUACUCUCUGCACGUCGGGGUCGGGUACGGCACCGACGGCGUGUCGAGCGCUGCGUCCCCCACAGCAGCAGGGGUGCACCUCGGCGCGGUGCUCGCUGGGGCUGCCGCCCUCGCUCUCGUGGUGGUGUAG